AUGGGCGUGAUGAACCGGCUUGGUGAAGAACUGGUGGAUGUGGAUGCGCGCCUCAUGGCCGAGGGUCUUCGGUUGGCGGAGGAGCGGCAUAAGCUAAUGGUGGCUAUCAACCUUGGGCGCCACCAGCGCGAGCUUGAUAAUGCGAAGGCCAAGGUUUCUCUCGCAGCCUCAGCCGCCCUUGCGUCGUUGAGGGGGACGCCUGCCGAAGAGGAAGAGAUCCGGAAGCGCGAGGAGGCGUUGGCCCUGGAAGCUGUGGAGCGUAGCCUUGAGCUCGAGCGACUGGAGACGAGGGAACGUCAGGUUGCCCUAGCAGAGGACGCCGUUGGCGCGCGCGAGGCCAGGGCCCAGGAGGAGGUCGAUUGCCGGGUGGCCGAGGCUCGCGCGGAUCUUGAGGGCAGGUACAACCUGAAGUUGGAGUUCAUAGCGGCCGAGGCCGCGGGCAGGACUGCUGCCCUCAAGUCUAGGAUGACUGAGGCCGAACGGCGCGAGGAGGCCACCGCAGACGCCCUGGCCUCGGCGCAGGCUGAGCUGGCCUCUGCCCGUGCCGAGCUGCUUCCUCUCCAGUAG